ACAGUAUGACUUACCUUCCAUACAGAUAACAUAUUCUACUCUAAUAUUAUCUUGCAAUUUUGUCAAGCAAUCCUUAAUUUUCAGCAGAAAAAUGGCAGAUGAAGUUGUCCUUUUGGAUACCUAUGUAAGCGUGUUUGGGAUGAGGGUUAGGUUUGCCCUGGCUGAGAAAGGCAUACAGUAUGAAUACAAGGAGCAGGAUUUGUUGAACAAAACCCCUCUUCUCCUACAAAUGAACCCAAUUCACAAGAAAAUUCCAGUCUUGAUCCACAAUGGAAAACCAAUAUGUGAAACCCUCAUCAUUGUUCAGUACAUAGAUGAAGUUUGGAAGGACAAAUCCCCUUUAAUGCCCUCUGAUCCUUAUGAGAGAGCUCAUGCUAGGUUUUGGGCUGAUUAUAUUGACAAAAAGAUUUAUGACACCGGAAAGAAAAUUUGGACAUCAAAAGUGGAGGAUCAAGAUGCAACCAAUAAAGAAUUCAUAGAGUGCUGGAAGUUAUUGGAAGGGGAGUUAGGAGACAAGCCAUGCUUUGGAGGGGAAAAUUUUGGGUUUGUGGAUAUGACCCUUAUUCCUUACUAUUGUUGGUUCCCUACUUACGAGAAAUUUGGCAAGUUUAGCAUAGAGGCAAAGUGUCCUAAGAUUGUGGCAUGGGCUAAGAGGUGUAUGCAAAAGGAGAGUGUCUCAAAGUCUCUUGUUGACCCUGACAAAGUCUAUGAUUUUGUUGUGAUGUUGAGACAGCUGUGGGACAUUGCCUAAGCGACAAAAGACGGAUCUAGAGUGGGUUCUGCGUAAUUAAAAGUAUACAUAUAAUAAGAUCACAUAUAUUGUGAAUCCACUUAUUUAGGUUCUAAGUGUUUCAACCUGUUAGACAUCUAUUGUUCUUAUUCAUUUUCCUUUCUUUUUAAUUAGAAGGAAAAUUGAAAGGUUGUGUUUGUGUUGAUGAUAUGCUUUAUGUAGCAAGUAGUAAAAUGAUGUUUAUUACUUGGCAUUUUAUACAAUGAAUAAUGUAAGAUUUGCAGGUUUUACUUUCCUACUAAGAGACCACUCCUUUAUAUCU